UUAAAAUAAUAUUUUAAAUUAGUAUCAAAAUACCGAUCCCAAUUAAUUGAAAAUAGUUUAAAAUGAUGAUGAUAGAUCAAAUAGUCCGAAAGAUCAUCCCCAAAAAGGCGUUAUUUCCUUUCAAUUUAUUUAUUCCCUCUUCGCGGCUUUAGUAAAAAAGUUCAAAACGGUGAGAAAGGGAACAUUUUUACCAGAUUUAGGGUUCCUCCAUAUGAAUUCACGUCUCGCGGGACAAGAAUUUGGGUUUGAACUAGCAUUACAAACCCCAUAUUUACUGUUCUAGUCCUAAUUUCUGAAUCAUUAGGUUAAACAAACGCUGGAUAUCUGUGGCUUAUUUGACGGGAAUAAUGCUUUUCAUCUGAGUCUCUGUUCUAAGAAGCUUGAUCAAUGGUGCAGUCUCCCUCUUGCUUUGAAGUGUGUUGGCAGUUACCCAUUGUAAAUUCUAAGCUCCUCGGGGCUUGUCGUAGCUCAUGUUUUGAUUAUCUCAAGAUUGUGUUUCUUGCCAUGCAAAUAGAUUUGCUCUGCAAUUUGGAGAACUUAGGUGAUACUGACAGGCUGGAUGAUUUCUCAUUUGGCCUCAAUGCACCGUCAUGUGUUGACUCAACAUUUGCAGAAUGAGCAUUAUUUGGAGUUCCCCUUCUGGACAUUUUGUAGAAGGCUUGAUUUGUAUGGAUAUUGUUCACCUUUCUUCUUCGGAUAGUGAAAAUGAGACGGAAAAAGGGUCCCCAGUUCAGAUUAGAAAGCUUCCAGCGUGGUCUUUUACUCCUGACCCCAAAUCUAGAACUGAAGGUUCUGCUGAAUCUUUUCAAAAGUUGCCUAUCUAUAAGGAAGUCUCUGCUGAUCGCUAUGGGAGCUGUAAGGGGAACCACCAGCAAAGGAUGGAAGGACAAUUACUGCUCCAUGCAGGAUCCCCACCACUUUGUCAGAUGAACGGACAGGUUAAAUCCUAUCAUCCUUUACGAACUGGUAAUGAAGCACUAGAUGAGAAGGCAUAUGGGGAAAGAAUAAAUCCACUUGUUGAAAGCCAUGCUCAAAUGGUCAACUCUGAUAACUCGAUGGACCAUGGUCAAGAACCACAACUUUUAAUGAGCAGAGAGUCCAUUUCUGAAUCUUUUGGUGGAUUAAGGGAUGAUUAUCCCCGCAUACCAUUUAAUAUGGUGCCUGAUAAUUAUUUAAUUCCCAAUGAUGAGGCGGGGAAUAUUUUCCACUCUUCAAGAACCAUUUUUCAAGGGACGCCAGCUUUGACCUCUCUCGAGAUGCCUUUGUCUCAACAAACAUCAGCGAGAAGUUCUCCGUUUUAUAUUCAGUUGACUGGGGUAUCUAAUGACACAGAGCGACCUCCAUUUUUAAUGCAUGACAAGUCUGUUUCUGAGUCUAAUGGUGGAUCAAAGGAUGAUCAUCCAUUGGAACCAUAUCUUAUUGAGCGUGAUCAUCAAUUGGUUUCCCCUGACCAGAUAUGGGAUAUUUCCCACAAUUCAAAGGAAGUACUUAAAAAAACUCCUGUUUUUGCUACUGAUGAUAUGCCUUUGCCUGAGCAGGCAUUAAAGAGUUCUCCAUUUUCCAUUCAGUCAGCUGGGAUAUCCAACAAUACAGAUUCUUUUGAAAAGAAUGAACGGGGGCCUCAAUUCUUUGAUUAUCAUAAUGAACCCUAUCAUCUUAAAAUUGGUAAUAAUUCACAUCAAAAUACUCCUAAGAGAUAUGAUUUACACAAUGACAAUGAUGAGGGCAUCAAAGAGAUGCCUUUGCCUCAUCAGACAUCAAAGGGCAGUCCUCCAUUUUCUGAUCCGGCAACUUCGGUAACCAAUGUCACAGAAUGUUUUGUAGAGAAUGAAACUGGGCCUCAGCAUUUUAAUCAUCUCGAUGAGUUUCAUCGUCCUAAAUUUUGCAUUAAAUCAUAUCAGAAUUUCCCUAGGAAAAAUGAUUUGCAUAUUGAUGAUGAUGAGGGCAACAAAGAAGUGUCUUUACCUCAGCGGACAACAAGUAUGGGUCCAUUUUUUAGACGGCCGACUAUGGUAACCAGUAACAUAGAACCUUUUAUGAAGGAUGAAACUGGAGCUCGAUUUUUUGGUCAUCACAAUGAGUUUUAUCACCCCGUGGUUGGUGAUGAAUCAGAUCAGAAUAUCCAUGAGAGAGAUGGUAUGGGCAUUGACAAUGAUAAGCACAUCAAAGACAUGCCGGUGUCUAGGCAGACAUCAAAGAAGAGUCCUCCAUUUCUUUUCCCGCCAGCUGUGGCUGCGAAUGUCCCAGAACCUUUUUCAAAGGAUGAAAGUGAGCCUCAGCUUUUUAAUAAUCAUAGUGAGUCUGAUCCUCCCAUAGUUGGCAAUGUGUUGGAUCAGAUUACUCAUGAGAGAGAUGAUCUGGACUGUGACAAUGACAAGGGAAUUGGAGAGACACCUUUGCUUCAUCAGACAUUAAAGCGGAGGCCUCGUUCUUUUAUUUGGUUGACUGGGGAAACCAAUGUCACAGAACCUUUUGUAAAGAAUGAAACUGGGCCCCAGCUUUUUGAUCAGCACAACAAGUCCAUUCCUUCCAUAUCUGGUGAUGUAUCAGAUCAGAAUGCUCAUAAGACUGAUGGUAUAAGCAUUGAUAAUGAUGAAGAUAUCAGACAUAUGGCUUCGCCUCAUAAGACAUCAGAGAGGAGCCCUACAUUUUCUACUGGGGCAACUGGAGUAACUGAUGUUUUAGAAUCUUUUGCAAAUGGUAAAAAAGGGCCUCAGCUUUUUUAUCAUCACAAUGAGUCCAAUCCCCCAAUAGUUGGUGAUAGAUUGGAUAAUAAUAUCCGUUGGAGAGAUGGUUUAGACAUUGAUAGUGAGAAGGACAUCAAUGUCAUGCAUUUGCCUCAGAAGACAUUCAAGCAAACUCUUACUUUUUCUCGUCAGCCAACUGGGGCCACUAAUGAGGCUGAACCUUCUGUAAAUCAUGAAACUGGGCCUCUGCUUUUUGGUUUUCGUAGCAAUUCCAAUUCUCCCAGAGUUGGUGACAAAUCAAAUCAGAAGAUUUAUCAGAAUACCAAUGAGAGAGAUGGUUUAGACAUUGACAUUGAAGAGAAGAAUAAAGACAUGCCUAUGCCUCAGCACGAAUCAAAGAGAAGUCUCCCAUUAUCUCUUCAGCCAUCAGUGGUGACUAAGGGCACCAAACGUUCUGUAAAAAAUGAAACUGGGACUAAGAUUUUUGAUCAUCGUAGCAAUUCUGAUCUUCUCAUAGUCGGUAAUAGAUUAGAUCAGAAUACCCAUAAGAGAGAUGACUUGCACAUUGACAUUGAUGAGGACAUCAAAGAGAUUACUUUGCCUCAUCAUAUAUCAAAGAGGAGCCUGCCAUUAUCUUUGCCGGCUGUGAUCACUAAUGAUAAAUCAGAUCAGGAUGCCCAUAAAAGAGAUUAUUUUCACAUUGUCAUUGAUGAGGAUAUCAAAGAGAUGCCGUUGACUUUAAAGAGGAAUCUUACAUCUUCUCUUCAACCGACUGUGGUAAUGAAUGGCACAAAAAUUUCUGGAAAGAGUGACGCUGGACCUCGUCUUCUUGAUCUACACGGCGGUAAUAAAUUGGAUCAAACUGCCCAUAAGAGGGAUCGUUUGCACAUUGACGUUGAUAAAGAUGUGAGUAUCUGUGAAAGUGAGAGUAAUUCAACUAUCUUUGAAAAUGCCAGUAAUUCGAGACGCCUUCCUGCAUAUAUGAUGAAUAGCAAGUCUAUAACUGCCCCACAGUCAGCUGUUAUUGGUGACUUUCGCCGUAUUGGAACAGAAGAGAAGCCAAGGGAAGAUGAUGAGAGGCUUAUUUUUCAAGCGGCAUUGCAGGAUCUUGCUCAGCCAAAACUUGAAGCUAAUCUACCUGACGGUGUUUUGGCUGUUCCCCUUUUACUACAUCAGAAAAUCGCGUUGGCAUGGAUGGCGUUCAAGGAAACAUCCAGUAUUCACUGUUCAGGGGGGUUCCUGGCGGAUGAUCAGGGGCUUGGUAAGACUAUUUCGGUCAUUGCACUUAUUCUCUAUCAGAAGCGACCACCUGCUAAAACCACUGGUGAUGAAUUAACCCUUAUUAAAAGUGAAGCUUUUAAUUUGGAUGAAGAUGACGAAUGUGUUGGGUUGGACAAAGCUAAACGACAAGGACAAUCUGAUGACCUGGACAUAAAACCAACAGUCAAAGAGGAAGUCCAUUCAAAAUGCAAAGGGAGGCCAGCUGCUGGUACAUUGGUUGUGUGCCCAUCAAGUAUUCUUCAACAGUGGGCUCAGGAGCUGAAAGAUAAGGUUACUGAUUCUGCGAGGCUUUCAGUUUUAAUUUAUUAUGGAAGUUCCCGGACAAAGGAUCCCUUUGAGCUAGCCAACUAUGACGUGGUUCUCACAACAUACUCCAUCGUAAGUAUGGAGGUGCCAAAGCAAGCUCUUGAUGAUGAUGAAAAUGAUCAAAGAAAUGGAGAUCAUUAUGGAUUGCAUCCGAGUUUUUCUAAAAAGAGGAAAAAGCCUUCAAAUGAAGGUAUGAGAGGACAGAAAGAUAGGAAAAAGGGAAGUAGUUCCUGCCUUGAACGAGAUAUCAGUCCACUUGCGAGGGUUAAUUGGUUCCGGGUGGUCUUAGAUGAAGCUCAAACUAUUAAGAACCAUAGAACUCAAGUUGCUAGAGCAUGUUGGGGUCUUCGAGCUAAGAGAAGGUGGUGUUUAUCAGGAACUCCUAUGCAGAAUUCAGUUACUGACCUUUUCAGCUACUUCAGAUUCUUGAGAUAUGACCCAUAUGCUGUCUACAAGUCCUUUUGUUCUAUGAUAAGAGAUAAAAUAUCCAAAAAUGCAAAUGAUGGCUACAAGAAGCUUCAAGCAGUGUUGAGGACAAUAAUGUUGCGCCGAACAAAAGGUACACUAAUCGAUGGGCGACCUAUUAUAAGCUUACCACCGAAGAUCAUUAAUUUGAAGAAGGUAGAUUUUUCUCCAGAGGAGCGCGACUUUUAUUCCACACUAGAAGCUGACUCGCGCUCAAGAUUCAAGGAUUAUGCGGCUGCUGGGACUGUGAAUCAAAAUUAUGCAAAUAUUUUGCUGAUGCUUUUGCGACUCCGUCAAGCUUGCGAUCACCCUCUUCUUGUUAAAGGGGAUCGCAUUAAGAAUGUUGGAAAGCCCUCUUUGGAGAUGGCAAGGAAACUUCCAAGGGACAAGCAGAUCAAUCUAUUGAAGUGCUUGGAAGCUUCAUCUCCACUUUGUGGUGUCUGCAAUGACCCACCUGAAGAUGUGGUUAUUACGACAUGUGGCCAUGUGUUCUGCAAGCAAUGUGUAUUUGAGAAACUUACAGGUGAUGAUAACCUGUGCCCUGCAUCUGCCUGCAAGUGUCAACUUAGUGCUGAUUCAAUAUUUUCUGGAGCUACUCUGAGAAGUUGCGUCUCAGAUCAUCAGCUUAGUGGUGGCAACUCAACCCAUAGUAUGGCCGAGUAUUAUGAAAUUCAGAGUGAACAAAAUACUACUUCCUCUAAGAUAAAUGCUGCUCUCGAGAUUUUGUUAUCACUCCAACAGGUGAACUCUGAAGACCGAUCUGAGGCAUGUGGUGAAACUUCUAUAGAGAGCACAAGCGAAGCAAUUGUGGAGUGUUCCUCUUCGAGUGCUUUUGGUGAAACAAGUUUGAAUAUACAGAGGAAACGGUGCAACGAGCUUUAUACAGUACCAAGCAGCCAGCUUGCUAGAGUACCACGUAAUCACCAUGGUAGAGUGCCUGAGAAAGCUAUUGUUUUCUCCCAAUGGACUGGAAUGCUAGACCUUCUCGAAAUCCCAUUGACAAAUUUUUCAAUACAGUAUAGGAGACUUGAUGGAACAAUGUCUCUGGCUGCAAGGGACAGGGCUGUGAGAGACUUCAAUAGCCUUCCAGAGGUGACCGUUAUGAUUAUGUCAUUAAAAGCUGGAAACCUUGGUUUGAAUAUGGUUGCUGCCUGUCAUGUCAUUCUUUUGGAUCUUUGGUGGAACCCAACAACUGAAGAUCAAGCUGUUGACAGAGCCCACCGAAUUGGGCAAACUCGUCCUGUGACUGUCUCCCGACUAACUGUAAAAGAUACCGUUGAAGACCGGAUAUUGGAUCUCCAGGAAAAGAAAAGGAAAAUGGUGGCUUCUGCCUUUGGUGAGGACCAAACAGGCAGCCAUGCAACUCGGCUUACUGUUGAGGAUUUAAGAUACCUAUUCAUGGUUUGAAGGCUCGACUUCAAAUCCCAUAUUGUCUGUGGUUCAUACAAGAUGCUCAAAGAUGGAGAGGUGAAUAGAAUAGUGUAAUAGCUUAGAGAUUAGCUUUUGGUUCUUCGGGGCUGGCGAAUUUUGUUUAUAUGAUUAGACAGAUGACCACCUCAAAGGCGUAUCCCAUUGUAAAUAUGCAUGCAUUCUCUCUGUUAAAUUACCAAGGGAAAGCAUUGUCCCUUUUUUUGAGUUAAUGAAAUGAAUUUCAGGUCUAAUCUAUUUUGGAA